AUGGGUUGCUGUCAAUCAAACGAAGCGCAGGAGGACAAGGCGCGUAAUGAAGAAAUCGAAAACCAAAUUAAGCGAGACAAGCUUAAUAUGCGAAAUGAAGUGAAACUAUUGUUACUGGGUGCGGGUGAAUCGGGAAAAUCCACGAUUUUAAAACAAAUGAAACUUAUCCAUGAUGGCGGAUAUUCGCGUGACGAGCGAGAAGCUUUCAAAGAGAUCAUCUUUUCCAACACUAUUCAAUCCAUGCGUGUGAUUCUGGAAGCAAUGGAGAAGAUGGAUGUUCCUUUACAAAGCGAAAACCGACAUCACGCCGCCGUCAUCUUUGAUCUUCCAGUGCAAAUUGAACGCGACUCAUUACCACCGGAAGUCACUCAAGCAGUAGCUACCUUGUGGAAAGAUCCCGGCUUACAGAGCGUUUAUGAACGAAGUAGAGAAUAUCAAUUGAACGAUUCUGCUAAAUAUUACUUUGAUUCCAUUGAUCGUAUCGGCGACCCCAACUAUGUUCCCACUGACCAAGAUGUGCUUCGUUCACGCGUUAAAACUACAGGCAUCACAGAAACCACAUUUGUCAUUGGAGAUCUAACUUAUCGCAUGUUUGAUGUCGGUGGUCAACGAUCCGAACGCAAGAAAUGGAUUCAUUGCUUUGAAAACGUAACGGCCAUCAUCUUUUUGGUGGCUAUUUCCGAAUACGAUCAAGUGCUGAUUGAAGAUGAGACAGUGGAUCGUAUGCAAGAAGCUUUGACGCUAUUUGAUUCGAUUUGCAAUUCACGAUGGUUUGUCAAGACAUCGAUUAUUCUGUUCCUGAAUAAAAUCGACAUCUUCAAGGAAAAACUGAUAAAGCAUCCUUUGACAGAGUGUGAUCCUGAAUUCCCGGGUCCCAACACGUAUGAUGCGGCAUCGGAUUACAUUCUGAACCGAUUCGUGUCUUUGAAUCAAUCGGAUUCGAAACAAAUAUACACCCACUUUACUUGCGCAACGGAUACCCAACAGAUUAAGUUUGUCAUGGCAGCAGUCAAUGAUAUUAUCAUCCAAAAUAAUUUGCGAGACGUCGGUCUACUGUAA